CAUUAAAUUAUCUACUUAUAAAUUGAAGUUCCUCUGUAGUAUAUUAUAGAGUAGUAAAUUGAAUUCUCUAUAGUUGAGAGCAAAUCCUCUUCCAUGGCUUCAAUUGCCAAAAGGCUUGAAGGUAAAGUAGCAAUAAUCACUGGAGGUGCUAGUGGCAUUGGUGCAGCUACUGCUAAACUAUUUGUUCAACAUGGUGCUAAAGUUAUCAUUGCAGAUAUUCAAGACGAAUUAGGCCAAUCUCUUUGCAAAAAUCUUGGCACAAAGAACAUUCUUUGUGUUCACUGCGAUGUAACUAUUGAAUCAGACAUCAAAACCGUGGUUGAUAUCGCAGUUUCAAAUUAUGGUAAGCUUGACAUCAUGUUUAACAAUGCUGGUAUCUCCGAUGACAAAAAUAGAGAAAUAUUGAAUUAUGAUAGUGAAGCUUUCAAAAGGGUAUUUGAUGUUAAUGUUUAUGGAGCUUUCUUGGGUGCUAAGCAUGCUGCUAGGGUAAUGAUCCCACAAAAGAAAGGGGUUAUUCUUUUUACUGCAAGUGUUGCUACAAAAAUUGCUGGUGAAACAACACAUGCUUAUACUUGUUCAAAGCAUGCAUUGGUAGGGCUUACAAAGAAUUUGUGUGUAGAAUUAGGAAAAUAUGGGAUUAGAGUUAAUUGUAUCUCACCUCCGGCUCUUCCUACUCCAAUUCUAAUGAACUCAUUGAAGUUGAACAAGAAUGAAGUGGAGCAAGUUUUGUCCUCAGCUGGUGUGUUAAAAGAGGUUGUUCCUAAAGUUGAGGAUAUAGCUGAGGCAGCACUUUAUUUGAGUAGUGAUGAGUCCAAGCUUGUUAAUGGAGUCAACUUUGUUUUGGAUGGAGGUUAUAGCACCACCAAUAUGUCAUGCUUUUUAGCAUUCAAAAGUUUGAUGAAAAUGGAUAAAUAAAUU